UUAUUACGUUGUUCAUUACAUCUGCCAGGAGUUUCGGUAUUUUGUAUUUGUAUUUAGCUCUUGGGACGUUAGGACGUUUCACAUACAUAUGUAUGUAGUAAAUUAUAUGGCUUGAAAGCACAUACAUAUGUACAUAUGACUAUCGCAUUAACAUAGAGUAGAUACUAUAGCGUUAGGAAUUUACAUAUGUAUGUACAAUGUAAGUAUAUGUGAAAUACGCAGGACUAAACUGGGAAUCUGUUGUUCUAUUAAAGCUCUCCAUGAAUCCACAGUAUUCGUAAAAUCACAGCUACAUAUGUAUGUACAUAUGUCGUUGCUACUUUAAUGCUUUCGAUCAGUACAUAUCCUGCCUUCAGUCAGACUCGAAUCCCUUAAAACCAAUUGCGAGCACUGCGGAUUAAAAUAAGCUAGUUUGGUUCGUAGUCUCGGAAAUGAUUUAUUGAUGACAUUUUCCGGAAAUAUCUGUUUUUUUUUAACUGCUUCAGACAUCUGGAUAUCUAUUAUCUGGAUAUCUAUUUCGCUUUAAGUUUGAUUUGAUAUCUUUCUGUCUGUUUUGUUGUAAAUUUGAUCCAAUUUCAACAAUGUGGCAUCGCAUGUAUACAUGCUUACUGAUAUCGAUAGUGUUACCGAUACUCGUUUGGCAUCAGAGCGUCUCUUUUGUGCCCUUCUCCAAAAACAUAUGAGCAAGUCACCCUUUUAUUUUAUUUUUUUAAAUAGUAAAAGAUUUAAGGAUCUGGAUGUGUCGCGACAAAGGCGAUGCAAAUUGCAUUGCAUUGCCAUUCGCUCAAGCAAAUAAAAUUAAAUAUUCAGCCUGUUGAAACCAAUUAAGUUUGUCGCCAGGAAGUAAGGCUAGCAAUGUUUAUUGCCCGGCGGCACUAAUAUCAAUUAGAUCGGACAAAAUGCACUAACGUAAAUAAGACCACUUCAACGAGGGUCUACGAAAUGCUACUGGCGAUGAAAAAUAAUGUCUUAAUUGAUGCAGCGUUUCUCAGAUUCUAAGUUCGUCGGUCGUCGAGGAUGUCCGCAACGCGUGAACUGCGACAACGCGACAAAUUUCGUCGGAGCAAGUCGCCACUUCAGCGAACUGCGGAGGAAGAUAGAGGCGGAAGCGGACGCGAUACGCGAAUUUGCGUCAAGAAGCGGGUGCGAGUUUGCCUUCAUACCGCCUCGUGAACCGCACAUGGGCGGACUUUGGGAGGCCGGUGUGAAGUCUGCCAAGGGCCUACUCCUACGGGCAGUCGGAAGCGCUCUCCUCACCGCAGAGGAGCUGGAGACCGUGCUGGUCGGAAUCGAGGCGGUACUCAACUCGCGCCCGCUAGGACCCCUAAGCCCAGACCCAAGCGACGGAGACGCGCUGACUCCCGGGCACCUGCUGACAGGCGGGCCGCUCAUCGCACCCCCAGCACCCAGGACCCCGGACCAGGAGGGUCUGAGCUGCUUAAAGCGAUGGCGGCUUGUCUCGUCAGCCAGGCAAAUGUUCUGGCAGCGAUGGUCCCGGGAGUAUGUGCUGGGAUUACAAAUAAGAUUCAAGUGGCACCAGGAGGAGCCAAACAUAAAGGAAGGCGACCUCGUAAUCGUCGCCGAGGACAACCUGCCCCCUCAACAGUGGCUCCUCGGAAGGGUGGUCGGAACAACCGCCGGGCAGGACGGAAGGGUCAGAGUGGUCGAGCUAAGGACGAGCAGCGGAGCCACGUUCAGGAGGCCGAUACACAAAUUGGCGCUUCUGCCAAUGGUUUGAAGCCUUCCAGGCCUUCAACGGGGCCGGUGUAGCGCCAUUUGAAUAAUAAUAAUUGUUAUUAGGAUAGUAUUUCAUGAAGUCUAGUGUAAGUUAGGCUAGGGCAAAGCGGGAGCGCAAUAAAAGCUCGCUCUCUCGCUCUUGGCGAAUUCGCCCCGCUUUGCCACCGUAGGUAAGGUAGGCAUAGAAGAAAUUGUUUUAAUAUAUGAAAGUAGUCGAGAAAAAUCCAUGAAAUCGAACGCA